GCAAUGAUGUAAAUCAUUUUCAAAUUAUUAGUCUUCUAAUAUUCUAUGUCUUAUCGAGAUUUCUCAGAGGAGGUCUGCUGAUUCCUUAGCUUCAUCAAGAUGUCCUCUCAAUUUAGUUGGCUUGGAUUUUUCACAGACGCAGGGAUCCCCUUGCGCGAGGCGGAAAAGUAUAGCCUGCAGUUUGAUGACAACAGGAUGAAGCCAGACAUGUUACCGGAUCUCACCAAAGAGCUCCUGAAUGAUCUUGGGAUAUCACUGAUCGGUGAUAUCCUGGCUAUACUUCGGCAUUCUCGACAAGUGCAAAAACAGCUGGAGCGUAGCAAGACAUCCGUCAUUGCGUCAUCUCGCGCGGCCGACCCCGCGCAGCGCACCGGCAGCUCGGCUAUCUCCACACAGUCCACGGUGAUGCUUGGCGACGAUUCCCACAAGGCCAAGCGCCGGCCAAAGUCCACCAAGAGCAAGGCUACCGCUGUGCAGCCUGCUAUUGUCGAGAGCAGUACUGUCUUGUCAUCAUCACAGAUGCCUGCAAUACCAUCGUCAAAUAAUAGCAAUGUUUCAAUGGUAGGCCUAGAUGAAGUGAUGGAGGAUCAGCCCAGGCGAAUUGUGACGCGGCCUGCUUCUGCGCCUGUGGCGGCUUACCAUACUGAUGCUAUGGUCAGCAAUGAGGCUCAGACAACUGUCAUCCGCCGCGCGGAGCAACCUCAGUCUGCCCUCAACCGGCUUGGAAAUGGUGUUGCAUCCACAAGCGGGUCAUCGGGUGCCAGUUCUGUUGGCUCCUCAAUGGAUGGCAUCUCUCAGUUGCGGAACCUUGUCUCUUCUCAAAAAUCAUCGGACCGCGGUGGUCGACGCGUUGAAGCCGUAUCGAAAGAUGCACCAUUGGUGCCCAACACAGCGGAGAAUGUCCAAGCGGUCCGUCAAACCGUGUCCGUUCGGCUCCCGUCUGACACACCGCCAUUGGCCCGAAACAGUGCCACUUCAACCAGGCCAACCUUCGCCAUCAGGACUGCCGGGGGCAGAAGCACUACUGCAACCGUUGCUAGAGAUGAUAGUUACGAUGACGACGACAGUGAUACUGAUGGUGCGGGUGAUGGCGACAGUUUGCGGCGCAUUGUGCAGUCCGUCAGCUCAACAGUGGACCCGUCUUACCAGCGGCCCGUGCAGACGGUCACCUUAUCCGGUCGCCAGGUGGAAGCCGUGCCUACAAGCUCGACGACCGCAGUGCGGCAGCAGCAGCAGCCUGGCGGCGCCACUGUGCGCAUGCAGAGUGUCGUCAAACCAACCAUCACCCGUGUCAUACCGCUCUCGGUGACUCGCGGUGAAAGUACACGCAGCAGUAGUAGUAGCUCUACGAGUAGUCGCCAGCAGCUGUCAUCUGCAGCCAUCUCUACACUCCACAGCAGCAGCAGCAGCAGCAGCAGGCGUGUUGACAGUGAGGAGGAAGAUUUUGAUGAUGAUGAUGACGACCCAGAAUUUGACGACAGGCAUGUUGCAGUCAGCCACUCGCGGAAGUCACAGGCAUCCGGUAUUGGGCCUUCAUCCAGACAGACAUCAGCCUCCCCAGCUGCGCUAUCGAGUCACUCCAGUACCAGCCGUGCUCAACGACCAGCCAGGCAACCCGUCAAAGCUAGACUCGGCUCUAUUCCCAUCUCGGAAGAAUCUCCGUCAUCGUCAAGAACCAAUUCUCGGCAAAGGGAAUCCAGAAAGCCGAGGUCGUCUGUGUUCAAUCGCCUUGGAGAGACUGCUUGAUGCUUCUGUCUGAGAUUAUUUGCCGGGCAGAUCAUUCUGCUGUCUGUACAAACUAAGUUUGCUUUGUUUUGUGGACGACUGCCACUAGCCGUGUAUUGUGCCGUGCACAUGUACCGGUCCUGUUUUUAGCCCGUGUAGUUGUGACUGCCGCGUAUCCUUUUGAUUAUCUGUUUGUCCUUUUUUUAAUUUUAGAGCUUCCAUUCAUUUGCUAAAGUGUCUUAUUUACUUUAUUUCCAUGCGUCUUGAAGAGAAAAAGAUACAAGUUCGUGUUCAUGGAGAGAUCCCUGUUCCGAAGGUUCAA